AUGGAAGCUGUCGAGAAAAACAUUGCCACUGCAUCAGAUGUAACAAAAACUGUGAACCACCCGUCUUUCAAGAAAAUUGGAGCGCCUGUUUCUUCCUUAUUCCCAUCUGGUAGGGUAAAGGCUGCAGCAAACACAACUGUUGCAAUUAAGGUUGUCACAACCAUGCAAGAAGUUGCCGUGUCCUUCAUUCACUUUUCACCAGUUUCCCGUAACUUCUCGUGCUCAUUCGACACAGCAACUUCUUGCAUGGUUGUGACAACCUUAAUUGCCACAGUUGUGUUUGCUGCAGCCUUUACCCUACCAGAUGGGAAUAAGGAAGAAACGGGCGCUCCAAUUUUCUUGAAAGACAGGCGGUUCACAAUUUUUGUUACAUCUUAUGUAGUGGCAAUGUUUUUCUCGACAGCUUCCAUAUUGAUGUUCUUGUCUAUCUUAACUUCACGCUAUGGAGAAGAUGGUUUUCUAUUUACAUUACCGGCAAAGUUGAUAGUUGGACUAAUUACGCUCUUUGCUUCAAUCGUUUGCAUGGUCUUAACAUUUAGUGCAACCUUCUUUUUGGUCUACGAUGAAGAAAAUGAAGGGACAUUGCAAAAAAUUGUUGAUGGUCUUACUUUGCUUCCAAUCACUUUAUAUGCAGUGCUAAAUUGUUGGUUAUAUGCCUUGCUUUGCUUCAAAAAAUUUAUGUUGAGUGGAUUAGUGAAAUUCAUAAUCUACAAUUGGAGCACCCGCCUUUCAAGAAAAUUGGAGCGUCUAUUUCUUCCCACCUGGUAG